AUGGAUUUCUUAAUAUCCCAAAAUUACGUUAAUUACGUGUGCCAGUGUGGGCUUUUGAAGCCUUUAACUAACCUCUACUUCUGUAGACAUUGUCUAAAUCUAAGGUGCUCUUUUUGCUGUCAUCAUGAGGUUGAUUCGCAUUUCUGUCGGAACUGCUUAGAGAAUAUUCCAUCUAGUGAAGCGAAAUUGCGAAAGAACAAGUGCAAUAGCUGUUUUGACUGUCCAUCAUGUAGUUUUUCUGUUUUGUCAGCAAGAGCAACAACAAUUCAAGUUCCAAUGACUGUAAAAGAGAAGCAAGAAGGAGAAGAAAGCUCUACUACAACAUCGGAAGCAAGUAGCGGUAAAAUGGUUGCAAAGAAAAUGUACUAUUUAGCUUGUCUUGCAUGUCGCUAUUCAUCACGAGAUGUUGGAAUUUCUGAUCAAGCUUCGCAAAACUUUUGUUGGCCUGAACAGGAAUAUAUGCAUGCAAAUCGCUUCAAUACGAUUCUAAACUAUUAUCAAGCACUAGUUCUACAUGAUAAGCAGGUCAAGCAAGAUGAGAAGCGUAGAAAGACAACUAAUAAGUCGAAAUUCCAGAGCAUGACUGAUCGUACUGGAUUGAAUGUGUCAGCUAUUAGACGCCAAAUGGGCUUUGACAAGACGGUAAGCAAGCCUAAGAAUAAACCAGCUAGUAUUUUGCCUUCAAUGACUGAAGAAGUAGAAGAAUUGUCGGAAGAUAUUUUUACUAAACCAAUCAAUCUCAAAAAUAUUACGACAAUCGAGCAGCGCUUCACACAGCCAGCCAAUCAGCCUGAAAGCGUGAAGCACUUAUAUCCACAACAUAAGAAUCUCUCAAUUAAGCGCUCUAUUCGCUGUCGUCAUUGUGAACAUAAUGUCAUAAAGCCUGAAUAUAAUCCAACAUCUAUUAAGUAUCGCAUUCAACAAUUUGCUAGCAGUCACGUACCAGAAGUACGCAUUAUUAAAUGCUAUCCAUUAAUGCCAAACAAAAGUGCAUUUAUUACAUUAAAAUUGACCAAUCCAACUAUGAAUGAUAUGACAAUAACGAUAAUGGAAUUACCGACAGACGAUGAAGAAGUGAUGAUGAUUGAUGAGAUGAAAAAGAAUUUUGAGAGCUUGACAGUAUCUUCAAAAUCUUCUUUGAUGCGCCCGUCAUUAAUCGAAGAUCCACGAAUUGUUUCCUGCAAGCCAACAGCUAAACUUGAGCUUCCUGAUAGUUCUUUUGUUAUUAAUCAAAGGGAUGAUUCAGCCGAAUUCGAUGACGAAAUCCAGACUGACAAGAAGGAUCCCAAAUUUGUCAUUUGGAGAAAGGCGAACAAAAUCGCAAUAGAAUUGAGCAUUACACCCAAUGACUUGAAAGUAAACGAUGAGGUCAUAGUAGGAUUUACGAUGCAUUACACCUACAGCACUGUACCUUCAACAACAGCCGAGAAGAAAGAUUCGCAACAGCGUCACGCUUUGAAUGCACGCGUUUAUCUUAAUGUCGGAAAUAUUGUCGAUUAUAGCACCAAGUGA